CUGGGCACGUUGACCUACAUGUGAGGGGGGAGGCAUUUGGUGGUCUUGAGGUGCCCUACCCUGAUACACACCCUCCCCACGCAGGCCUGCCUAGCACGUCACAUCCCCCACCUCCGGUCGAAACAUCCCUUAAUCUCCGUCUCGGUUUUUUUUUUUUGGAAGGGGCAACGCCAAACGAAGUCGAACCACGUGAGCGAACAGUUGCAGCCGACCGAGGAGGACCCGAGACGAGAAGGAGCGAGCCAUGGCCGACGGCAGAGGCGGCGAGAGCGACCGGAGCCGCGACGGCGCCGCCUAGCGUACAAUGAGCAGCGAUUUACAACAUCAACGCGAUGGCCUCAGACGGGCCGGAAGACGAAAGACGAGCCGCGGGGGCCCAAGCCCCGGACGGUGGCUGGGGCUGGGUUGUGCUGGUGGCCACCAUGCUGGUUCUGGCGCUGACGCUGGCCUUCCCGUCCUGCGUGGGGAUUUUCUACAACGACCUGCAGAGGGACUUCCACGCCUCCAACAGCCAAACUUCCUGGGUGCCCUCCAUCAUGACGGCCGUGCUCCAUGCGGGAGGCCCCGUGUGCAGCGUGUUGUUGGAGCGACUGGGAUGCCGAGCGACCGUCAUGCUGGGCGGAGUCCUGAGCGGACUGGGGAUGGCCGCCAGCUCCUUCACGCGCUCCAUCGGCCAGCUCUACGUCACGGCCGGCGUCAUCACCGGUUUGGGUUUCUGCUUGAGCUACCAGCCGGCCGUGACCAUCCUGGGGCAGUAUUUUGUGCGGCGCCGCGCCUUCGCCAAUGCCGUCUCAUCCACGGGUACGGCGCUGGGUUUGUGUACGCUUCCGGUGCUGGCCAACUUCCUGCACGGCGAGCUGGGAUGGAGGGGAAGCUUUCUGGUUUUGGGAGGCGUGCUGCUCAACUGCUGCGUAUGCGGCGCCUUGAUGCGACCUCUGGCGCGAACGCCGAGGGAGACGGCGGCGGCGGGUUGCGAGCCGCCGCUUGAGUCGGGUUGCGUCGGGACAUCUAGCGGGAUUCAAGCCUGCGUGAGCAAACACAUGGCCCUGGACCAGCUGCGGCACAACCGGCGCUAUCGCGUCUAUGCCGUGGCCAUCACGUAGACCAUGCUGGGCUUCGUGGUGCCGCUGAUCUACCUGGUGCCCUACGCCACCGACAACCGCAUGGAGGCGGGCCGGGCGGCGUCCCUGCUCUCCGUCCUGGGCCUGGUCAACAUCGCCGUGCGACCGCCCGUCGGCGCCAUCGUCAACCUGCCGUGGUUCCGGGGCCGCCACGUGUACGUGUUCUCCGGCGCGCUCCUGGUCAACGGGCUGAGCAACGCCGUGUGCUGCCUGGGGCCGACGUUCCCGGUGCUGCUGAGCUACGUGCUGCUCUACGGGCUUUCCAUGAGCGUGGUGGGCUCCCUCAUGUUCACCGUCCUGAUGGACGUGGUCGAUAUGAGUCGCUUCGCCUCGGCGCUCGGCCUCCUCGCCAUCAUGGAGAGCGUCACGUUGCUGGUCGGACCUCCGCUGGCCGGAAUCCUGGUGGACUCGACGGGGCAGUACUUCUACGUCUUCUUGGCCUGCAGUGUCAUCGUGGCCUCGGCCGCCAUCUUCCUGGCUUCCGCCUUUUGGUGGAUGGAUGCCGACGAGCGUGCCCGACGCGGCGAGCAAAGAGCGAGACAAGAAGAAAGCCGCCGUGACCCGGUUGUUGACUCUCUUGUCGCCCCCAGACCGCCAGGUGGCGCUGUGACAUACACAAAACAAGCCGAUUUGUGCUUGUGAUACUGUUUCAUAAACAUUGCGAUAGGCAAGCUUCGACAGGCAUGCGAUCGUUUCCUUGGAAAACAAACAAAACAAAGUCUCGGCUGAGCUUUGUUGGACAACUGAGAUGCCCAUUAUUUAUUGCUUUCAUUGUAUCAUUUGGAUCACAUUUCUUUAUUAUCAUCUUAAUGCAAAGUAUUUCAGAGUCUUAAUACUUUACCCUUAUAAAAUGAUUGUUUUGACAUGAGGGUUAUACUGCACAGUUUUCAUUUCUGUCAUUAUUUGGACAUUAUAAUAUUCUUCUUAUCUUUGGUUAUUUGAUUCAUAGUGUUGUAAUGUGAUUACUAUGUUAUCUUUUCUCAUCAAUUGAAUGAGUGAGUGAUGUGAGAAGCUAAAACUGCAAAUGUUAGAAUUAUGUUUUAAUCUCGUUUGAAUGUUAUCAUAAAUCUUAUCAAUUCAAGAUCUUGUUAUUAUUUAGUUUCUCUUACA